UGUUUCUGCUAGAACUGAACUAAUGUCUUUGUAUCAUGGUUUGGCACAUGCGGGUCCUGAAAAACUACAUUCAAUGAUUUCCAAAACCUGGUAGUGGCCCCGACUGAGGGCUUCUUGCAAUGAUUUUUGUAAGAGAUGUCUAGUAUGCCUUAAGGUUAAUUCUUCUUCUAAGCUGAAAAUUCCCUUAGGACAUGCCCCUCGACCUCAAGGGCCGUGGACCCACCUCCAAAUUGAUUUCAUAGGUCCACUGCCCCCUAGUGGAGGUUUUACAUACAUUCUAAUGAUUGUUGAUCUGUUUUCAAGAUGGGUUGAGGCAUUUCCACUGAGAAACUGCACCGCAGAUGCAACCACCAAGAUUAUGUUGAAUGAAGUUUUCCCAAGAUGGGGUUUGCCCUUACAAAUUGAUUCAGAUCAGGGUACACAUUUUACUGGGAAGGUGAUGAAAAAUGUCAUGAAAUUGAUGGGGGUGAGGCAACACUUUCACAUUCCAUUUAGGCCCCAAUCUAGCAGAUCUAUUGAACGCACUAAUCGUACGCUUAAAACUUCAUUGAGAAAGAGAUUGUUGGAGUGGGGGAAAGGGUGGCAUGCGGCUGUCCCUGCGAUUUUGUUAGGCAUGAGAGCCAGCCCUAACAAGACUACACAGCUCAGCCCUUUUGAGGUAAUGACAGGUCGCUACAUGCGGCUGCCCUGGGAUGCCCCCUUGCAACACGAGGGACCAUCCAGGCCUUUGAAAGACACUUUACAAAAUUAUCUGAAAGCUUUGGAUGACAGUCUGCGAGACACACGGGUUAGUGUUAGCACACGACAAGCAGAUCGAGAUAAUGUUGAGCAAAAAGACAUGCCUGCUUUGCCUGAAAUAGGUGACAAUGUAAUGUUACAGCGGGAGAUCGUUUCCCCCUUAGGUCCGAAAUUUGAUGGGCCUUAUCAGGUGGUAUUGACCACUAACACCUCUGUUCUACUGGACAGGGGGGUUUUGGGUACCGUAUGGAGACAUUGGUCACAGAUGGCUGAAUCCGACAACAUACUGAAGCUGCUAAUUCUUCAAGAAGAAGUGCGUAGUGAGAGACGACUGAAAGUGAAACGAGCUUUCAUCCGAUUGGUACUUCUGCUCUCGUUGGUAUUUUUAAUUCUGAUCGCUUUAUCAUUUUUGAUGUGGAUUCAAAUUUCAAUUUGGACAGGGAGAUUCCAUGCGUUUUCAACUCAUUGGGAUUGCGAGGAGAUCGAUAACCAUCCAUCAUGGGUACAAUACCCAUGUCUAAAUUCAACUGAGGGUCUAAAUUUAAUUCCGACCAUGUACCAAAAGGUAAAUGAUAGUUGUUAUCGUCUGGACGGAAAUGAGACAGUGACCUAUUGGCUUGGUCACUCCCCAAAUUAUCCCGAUACUACCCUCAUUAUGCAAAAAGGUCGGUGGAUGAGGAGUGGAGGCGUUGACCUGUUUGAAGGAGAUUUCAGUUCAAUGAGCUGGAUCCCUGACCACAUAGCUCAUGAAAACAUGAGUGCAUGCUCUAUACGAAUGGAUAUGGUUAAUUGA